UUCUCUGUUUUAUUCUGUCCGCAUGUCUAACAUGAUCUAAGAAAAAAGUUGGAAUUAGAUGAGCUAGAGAGUGUACUUUCUUAAGAGAGUACACUGUCUUUCUUCGUCUGCCGCUGUAUGGUUGUUGUAGUUUGUGUCAGACAUCAUCAGGGGCUUAAAUACAUUUUUAUGUCUCUUUUAUUUUACCGCACUUCCACCUUUUGGUUCUCUAUAAUUUUAUCGCACUUCCAAACAUUAAUUUUAAAAAUUCAUUUUAACCUCCAAAUGUCUUUUACCGUAAUGCCUUUUACCGUAUACUGUCUUUCUUCGUCUGCCGCUGGAUGGUUGUUGACACAUCACGAACAUCCCACCUGUCAAUUCCCGCAAAAUAUAAACCAUAAUUUUUUAAUUAUGGAAUGA